AUGCGUUUCUCAACACUCUUUGCCGCCGCUGGCAUCGUUGGCUCUGCUGUUGCAGGUGCCCUCCCCAGAGGCUUCAGCAUUCCCAGCGGUAAUGGCUUCCCUAACCCGAAUGCUCAGCAGGAGCAAAAGAUUUCUCUGCAGGCUGGAGGAAAGCUUCCUGGCGGUCCUCUUCCUACUCAGUUGGGUCCUGGAUCUACUAUUGCUUUUCAGCUCAUCGCCUUUAACGAGCUCUUUGAGACAGCCUUCUUUAGCUCGCUGUUGUACAACAUUAGCAACAGCGUCAAGGGCUUCGAGGUUCCCAAGGAUAAGCGUUAUGAGGCUGAGAACGUCAUCAAGACUGUUCUAGCUCAAGAGGAGCAACACGCCAUCGGAGCCCUCGCGACGCUCAAGUCAGCCAACAAGUUUGCGCCUUCGCCCUGCAAGUACAAGUUCCCCACUUCGAACCUCAAAGACGCCAUCUCCCUCGCCGAGACUUUCACCGCCGUCGUCCUCGGCGUUUUGCAGGACGCCAACGUCAUCUUCAGCAAGGAGGGUCUUCCCGAGGUUGUCCGUCUCAUCUCGGCCGUCAUCGGUCAGGAGGGUGAGCAGAAUGGCUUCUACCGUCUCUACCUCGACCAGAUCCCCUCUGAGUCGCCUUUCUUGACCACGGUUCCUGCUGCUUUUGCUUGGUCUGCUCUUCAGGGCUUUGUUGUUCCCGGCUCUUGCCCUGAGGAUAUCAAGCAGAUCAAGCUCCCCAUCUUCCCUCCUCUGCUGGUCAACGGUGGUGCUAUUGCCAAGAUCAAGGCCAAGGACCAGACUCUCUCCUUCGAGGCAACCCUCAAGGUCACCAAGGCUGCUGAAAAGGUCAUCGCCUACAAGGCCAAGACUGGUGGUCUGUACAUCACCUACCAGACGGGCCUGCAGCUGCCCAAGAGCGUCAAGGCCGAGAACGUGCGCUGGGUCGGCAACACCAUCAAGCUCCAGGCCAAGUUCCCCUUCAACGAGCUCGUCGCCGGCGGCUUCACCCAUGCCGCGCUGACCACCUCCAACAACUUCCAGAGCGUCGAUGAUAUUCCUGCUCACACUCUGGCCGCCCCUGGUCUCAUCCAGGUCCAGGAGCCCAUCUCUGGCAAAGGUUACUACUAG